AUGGCGCUCGUCACAAUCACGUAUAUCGUUGCCCUACUCGCUGCAAUAUCCUCUGUCGGCCUGAUAUUGCCUCGUUAUCGACAGUGGAAGAAGCUCUCUCACAUUCCCGGCCCAGCUAUUGCCGGCUGGAGCAAAAUUUGGCUCUUGCGCCACGUCCUUCCUGGGAGGCUCUGCAAGAGGCUCGAGGAAGUCACCAAGACAUAUGGCCCUAUUGCCCGCGUCGGCCCAGAUUGGGUUGUGUGCAGCGACCCUGCAGAGAUUCGCCGUAUCUGGGGCAUCCGCUCCGGUUACUAUCGUGCUUCUUGGUACAAGGCUACUCGCCUCGACCCUGAUAAUGACAACGUUUUGACCCUCACCGACAACAAGGCUCACCAUUACAUCCGAUCUCGACUCUUGCCUGGCUACUCGGGCAAGGGCAUGCAUAACCAAGAGGAGAUGGCCGACACACAGGUCCACAAGUUGAUACAGCUGCUCGAACGCAAAUAUCUGUCCACCCCCGACGCCAUCCGGCCUUGCAACCUUGCCCGCACAAUGCAAUACCUCACUCAGGAUGUCAUCACUGCCGUUGGCUUUGGUCAGGCUGCCGGAUACCUCGACGUGGAUGAGGACAUGUUUGGCGUGAUCCAGGCUUGUGAAACCGUCCUGCUGCCCGUACACGUCAUAUCCUUCCUCCCGAUCCUUCGUGCCAUCCUGAGCACUUGGAUUGUGAAGCCGUUUCUCCCCAAGCCCACUGACAGGCACGGAGUCGGUCGCUUCCUCGGCGUCAUCAAGGAUCACUGCGACCGCCGCUUCGGAGACUCGGCCAUUCGUCGCAACGACAUCCUUCAGACCUUUGUCGACUCCGACUUGACGAGGAAGCAAGUCGAGUCAGAGGCGCUGGUGACUCUGUUUGGGGGCACAGACACCACAGCCACCGGCCUGAGGAACAUCAUCUUCUUCCUGACCGCAAACGCAAACGCGUACCGUACUCUGCAGUCGGAGAUUGACACGGCCGUAAAAACAGCCGCCCGGCCCGUCAUUACCGAUGAGCAUGCCAAGUCCCUUCCCUAUCUCCAAGCAUGUAUUCGUGAAGGUCUCCGAAUGUGGCCGCCAAGUAUGGGCAUCAUGGGCAAAGUCUCCGACGACGACGACGAAAUAUGUGGCAAGCACAUCCCCGCCGGCACUCAGGUCGGGUGGGCGGCCUUGGCUAUUAUGCAUGACAAGAAAAUCUUUGGUGGCGAUGCCGAUGUCUAUGAGCCUCGUCGCUGGCUGGAUACUGAACCGGGCAAGCUCAACGAGAUGGAGGCUAUAUACGGUCUUGUAUUUGCCACGGGCACGCGAUGGGAGUGUCUUGGUAAGAGAUUAGCAUACGUAGAGAUGGGAAAAGUUAUCUUCGAGCAUAUCAAGGCGACAACAAGGAGAAAAGGUGUGGAUAGAAGCUGA